AUGCAUUGACUGCGAUGUUAUUCAAGAAACCUAGAAUGUUCAAGUGUAUUAUUGAGUAUUGUGUGGCAGAUAAUGAUGAAAAUCAAGACUUUGGUCAAAGCUCAAGUAAUGCAAGUGCUCAGAGAUCAGAAUGGAAAGUUUACACAGGCAACAGUGACAAUGUGUGUGGGUUCUUUGCUAUCUUAUGUGAACGUACCAUAGAUGGGAAUGAUCAUAUUCUGAAUCCCCAAGGAGGUUGUAUCGAUCUCUUAAUUGACUUUGGCUGUGGUCGUAUUAAUCUGAUAAAAACAUUUACAAAAUUUGUUCUUGGCAUAAAUGCAGCGGACCCCUUGCCGGAAAAACUAGAUUGGCUGUGUAGAAUUAAGGGAUUUCGAAUCAGACUCAAUCCAGAUGUGGCUGAUGAUGAAAGUACUUCAAGAGAAAGGGUUAGAGACAGAGAACUAGAAUGUAUACUGAAUAUUGAUGGAGAAGUUGUGCAAGUGAACAAACCAGAUGUUGAUGCUAGGUUGCGAUCUGAUUUUGUUUCUCUGUUUGGAGGCUUGAAAGCAUUUGGCUCUUCAAAGGACAAAUAA